CGCUGCUCUAGUCCUGGGGAGGGAGGGGAAAGAGGAGGGAGCCCCGCUCUCGCCCCGCCCCUGGGCUUGUUCCCGCGGGGGCGGGGAGUGAGGGCUGCUUUUGGGGGGAGUGGAGAUCGGGGGACUCGGCGGUGCCCUCCCGAGCGGCUGCCGGCGUCCCCGCGGCGCCGGGCUGCCGAGCUGCCGAGCAGAGGAGCCGCGGCGGCCGUGGCUGGUGCAUGUGUGGCUGCUGGAUGCGGAGGCGGCGGCGGCGGCGGCGGCGAGGAGCAGCAGCGGCGGCGGCAGGAUGUUAGGGCAGCAGCAGCAGCAACUCUACUCGUCGGCCGCGCUCCUGACCGGGGAGCGGAGCCGGCUGCUCACCUGCUACGUGCAGGACUACCUCGAGUGCGUGGAGUCGCUGCCCCACGACAUGCAGAGGAACGUGUCUGUGCUCCGAGAGCUGGACAACAAAUAUCAAGAAACAUUAAAGGAAAUUGAUGAUGUCUAUGAAAAAUAUAAGAAAGAAGAUGAUUCAAACCAGAAAAAACGCCUACAGCAGCAUCUCCAGAGAGCAUUAAUCAAUAGUCAAGAAUUGGGAGAUGAAAAAAUUCAGAUUGUCACGCAGAUGCUCGAAUUGGUGGAAAAUCGGGCAAGGCAAAUGGAGUUGCAUUCACAGUGUUUUCAAGAUCCUGCUGAAGGUGAACGGGCCUCGGAUAAGGGAAAGAUGGAUUCCAGCCAACCAGAAAGAUCUUCGAGAAGACCCCGCAGACAGCGAACCAGUGAAAGCCGUGAUUUAUGUCACAUGACGAAUGGGAUUGAAGACUGUGAUGAUCAGCCACCUAAGGAAAAGAAAUCCAAGUCAGCCAAGAAAAAGAAACGCUCCAAGGCCAAGCAGGAAAGGGAAGCAUCACCUGUUGAGUUUGCAAUAGAUCCCAAUGAACCUACAUACUGUUUGUGUAACCAAGUGUCUUAUGGGGAAAUGAUCGGAUGUGACAAUGAACAGUGUCCAAUUGAAUGGUUUCACUUUUCGUGUGUUUCGCUUACCUAUAAACCAAAGGGGAAGUGGUAUUGCCCAAAGUGCAGGGGAGAUAAUGAGAAAACAAUGGACAAAAGUACUGACAAGGCAAAAAAGGAUAGAAGAUCGAGGUAGUAAAUGCCAUCCACGUUUUAAAAGGUUAUUUGUCUUUUAUAUAAUUCUUUCAGAAUUUACUUUCAGAAAAUGUUUUAGGGUAAAUGCAUAAGACUAUGCAAUAAUUUUUAAUCAUUAGUAUUAAUGGUGUAUUAAAAGUUGUUGUACUUUGUCUGUGACCUUAAUUUUCUGCACUGAAUUACCAAAUAUUUUAAACCAGGUAGUCUUUAGAUCACCUGAUGAAAGGAGCAGGGAAUAGGGAGAGGGUGGUGUGAACAUUAUAAAACCUUCACAAACCAUGCCUAUUUCAUUUUCAUUUAAAACUACAAAGCUGUUUUUUGGGUAAACACCAAAGUUUUGCUAGCAUUUUAGUUCUAUGGGCUUUAAAAAAUUUAGAUACAGUUGGAGUUCUCUGUAAGCAUUCAAAUUAUCUUGGGUAAUUUAAAAUAUGAACACUACAUUCAGAGCUUCUUUCUCCCUAGCCCCAUUUAUACAUACACUUGUUCAUCUCUAGUCUUCCAAGAAUCUCAGGAGCUAGAGAUAAGAAUAAUUUGGGAUUCCAUGUGGAAUAAUGUGCUCUUAUUAGAGUAUUUGCUGCUGUAUUUUCCUUAGUAGCAUUUUGAUACACUGUCAGUAGCCCAUUUGUAAAUGCCUUGCUGCUGCAUCAUAGACCCAUUUAACCUAGUGCUUAAUAAGGGAGUUGUGUUUUGUUUUGUUUUAAUUGGGACAGCUAAGCAUAGUUAGGAUACCAAAAAUGGUGCCAUUGGCUUAUAUUGGAAAAUUUGGGGUUAUGCAGUAUCAUGGUUCAAGGUUGAGCAAUUUUAAAAAAUGCAUCUUAUUUAAUAACAUUUUCCACGUGACCCACUUCUGCGAUGCCUAGCCACAGGCCCGCCAGUGGGAAAAAGGGCGCAGACUGGUCUUUAAAAUAUUGCCUUUACAUCAAACAGGAGUUGAAAUAGUUUUGCUAGUGGCUAUAGUUGAUUUCUGUCCCAAUCAGUGAUUAUAUAUUAUUUUAAGUAAUAGUGUAUUCACUUUAACUUUCUGGUAUUGGUGCUGUUUGAUGUUUUCACGUUUAAUGAACUAAUUUCAUUAUAACAAUGCAAUUAAUAAUGUAUUUGUAAAUUGAAUUUUCCGAGAUUCUGAUAUUUUAAGGGUAAGCAUAUUGAUGGAUAUACGAACAUAUAUUCGGAGAAUUUUUUGGUUUUGGGGGAGGGGGCAGCAGAUUGACUAGUUCUUUAAAUCUAUGUGUAACAUACUUUUUAUUCCUCAUUUCUUCCUAAUCUGAUGAUCUUGAUUCUUUUUGAUUAACAUGUGAAAAAUUCUGUCUGCUUGUUUGGAAAAAAAAAAAAAAGUUUUUUUUUUUUUUUUUUUCUCUUCCAGCUCUCCUGUGUGACUUUUAGGCAUGUUAUUUCACCUCAUCUAGGUGUCAGGUUAUUCAUCUGUAAUAUGAGGUUGGCUUAACUAUGUCCAAGGUUCUUUUGAAAUCUAUAGUAUUUGCACUAUAGUGAGGAUUUUAAUAAUCAAAUGAAUUGUUUUUCUCUUUUGUUAAUUUUGUCCGUCAUUCUGAGAUAUGAAGACGGUUUAAAGUUGAUAUUUGAGACAGGUAAAUGCACAACAGUUGAUUAACUUCUGUCUUAAGGAUAUUUUGCUUGAUGACUGGAACCAGUUGGUUAUAUUGCUUCUUGAGCGAGAAAUAUUAGACAGCAUGAUGAAGAAUUUAUUUUACUGUAACAUAGUUGAGUUGUAAAAAAAAAAUUCUUUUCUCUCUUGAGAAUACAGCAUUUUGUCUUAGUGAUUACAUCCUUAUUACUAGGAUGAGCUCUUUACCUGACACCAUUAAAAAUAUCCAUAUGUGCAAAGUCUCCAAAAGCUUUCAGAUGUGACUGUGUAGAAGUCAACACUUUUUCAUACAUUAAAUUUCUCUCAGCAUAUGAAGGAAAAAACCCCACUUCAUAAUAAAAGUACCCAAAUUUGGAUUAGGCUUGAUAGGAAAACAGACAUGGAAAAUUCUGGAAGAUGCGCUCUCCUUAAGACCUAAUGUUUGAGACAGUUUUAUUUUUAUGAAUUGUUUGUUUUCGAUAUCACAUGGGAAUGUCUUAAGUUUGCAUAACAUUUUGACUAGGAUUUCUCUUUUAAGUAUUCUAGAUUUCAUAUGCUGGCUCAUACCAUGGUUAUCAACUCAUGCUAUAAACCAGUAGAAUUACCUCAAAAGCUUCAAGAAAUACAGAUACGUGUGUCCCACGCCCAGCAAUUGUGAUCUAAUUCAUCUGGAAUGUGGCUGAAGCAUUAGAAUUGUUAAAUCCCCAGGUGAUUCUAAUAUACAGAGAAGUUUUAGAACUGCCAUAUUAUGAUUUGAACCUAUUGAAAACUGUAGGUGGCUUCUCUACAUCCAGAUUUAUAUGACUCUGAAGCACAUAUAAGGUCUAUAUAUCUAUAAGGCCUAUAUAUCUAUAAGACCUAUAUGUAAGGUCAGAUAUAAGUACAUAUCUGAUGGAUACACAGGAGGUUGUCCCUUGCCCCCAGUGGUCUGCUAACACUGAAGACUCAACACUUGAGUGCUUCUUCUAUGCUGGGCACUGUUUCUAAGCAGUGGUGAUUUAAAAAGUCCUUGCUCAUAAGCCAGACGUUUUGGUGGGGAGCCAGAUAUAUGUGAUGGUAGGUGACUGUAGGAGGGGAGUAAAGCCCCAUAACACAACAGUUGGGAAGGGAGGUGAGAAUUACGGUGAUUAAAGUUCUGGAGGGAAGUGACUUUUGAGCUGAGACUAGAGGGAAAUAAGGAAGUUUAAGGGAGGGAAGAGUAAAACCAGCUUGUCAGUUUGACUAGAGCACUUGACACAGUGUGGAAGGGACUAGAAAACUUGACUCUUGAAAGCCAUAGUGGGAAGUUUGGGAAGGGCUUAUACUGAAGAGUUCAUAAGUGAGUUUAUAUUGAAGAGUUCUUUGAAGAUCACUCCGAUCAUGCUACAUGUAAUGUGUAUCAUAGGGAGCCUUGAUGAAAAUAGGGAGUGUCCAGAGAUUCUUUUAGAAGUCUUUGCACCAGGGACGCCGGGGUGGCUCAGUGGUUGAGCAUCUGCCUUCAGGUCAUGAUCCCAGAGUUCUGGGAUCAAGUCCCACAUCAGGCUCCCUUCAAGGAGCCUGCUUCUCCCUCUGCCUGUCUCUGCCUCUCUCUGUGUGUCUCUCAUGAAUAAAUAAAAUCUUAAAAAAAAAAAGUCCUUGCACCAGAAAUACUGAAAGCUUAGACCAGGAUGGUAGGACUCUGCAUCUUCAACAACUGGCAACAGGAGGAUUUUGGCCCAGCAAUUAGAAAGCAAAGAGAACGACUCAGGUUUUUUGGCUUGAGGGGAAAAAUUAAGAUUUCUGUUUGCAUUUGGGUUUGACUUUCUCCUAAAAUCCAGCAUGGGAUUGCGGGAGGGAGCUAAACAUUUGGGAGUUAGCCUAUGAAUAGAGUUUAAAGCCUUGUGACUGAAAUCACUUGUAAACAGUUGAGUGCCUCUGAAAUUUUAAUGUGGCUGAGAGUCCCCUGUUUUUGUUAACAGAUUCGGAAUCAGUAGGUCUGGUGUGGGGCCCGAGAAACUGCAUUUCUAACAGGCUCCUCAGUGGGGCUGAUGAUGAUGCUGGCCGGGAACCCACAGCUUGAGUAGCAGCCACGUAGGUCCAGAAGAGGGUGGGGUGGGCCGUGGGGCACUAAAACAUUUGGAAGGGGAGCCAGCAGAGGAGACUUCAGAUCUCUCCGUGACGGAAAGCAGAGAAAUGUGACACACCAGGAUGAAAGUGACAUGUUUCAAGAGAGGAAUGGUCACUCAUUCAAGUGCUGCUCAAAUAGGAUGACCAUGAGUCACUAGGUUGGGAGAAUUGCGGAGUUAACAGGCUGUGAGUUUGGGGAUGAGGAGCUGCUUGGAGUGGGUUGGGAGCAGAAGGGGACAGAAGUAGAAUCAGCAGUUGCGGACAAAAGUUUUUUUUGUUGUUUUUUAAAGAUUUUAUUUCAGAAAGCAGGAGCAGAGGAGAGGGAGAGGGAGAAGCAGCCCCCCACAGGGCUCGAUUCCAGGACCCUGGGAUCAUGACCUGAGCCAAAGGCAGAAGGCAGACAGAAGCUUAACCGACUGAGCCCCCCCAGGUGCCCCAGGGCAACUCAAGUUUUGAUGUAAAGGGGAGCAAGGGUGUAGCUGAGGGUGUGGGUGAGCUUAGGGAGGAUUUUAACUCAAGGAGACAAUAUAGCAUCGUAUGCCAACUGGAAUAUUCCAUUAGAAGGGGACAGACAUUUGCUGUCAGGAGAUGUGGGUUAUUGCAGGAGAGAAAUCUGAAUAGGCGGGAGGGGAUGAGUGAGAACCAGCACCCGUGAGGGGUUCAUCUCAGCCACGGGGACAGUUCUAGCUCCUGCAUCAAAAAGGAAGACGGGGUUACAACUCUUUUAUAUUAAAAUAUUUCUCAUACACCUAUUACUUUACAAGGUGCUGCUUUCAGUCCUCGGGAAUAAAACAGGGAUGAGGACAAAACAAAAAUCGUUGUAAUGUGGUGGUGCUUAGGUUCUGGAAGCAUCCAGGAGUGAAUGUAGAUAGCUGGCUGGGUUCGGUAUGGGGGGAAAAUGAGAUCAUUCCCUUCUAACAGCUGCCACUUUGCCCGCGCGGGGCUGAGCCGGGGAAGGGACAGGGAUGCUGGAAAUCUGCAGAGCGAGCCAGGCCCUGGGAGCCCUGGGGAGGACGGGGAGUGGACCGGCAAGGCCAGGCAGAGCUGCAGGUCCCCGGGAGCCUUUUGGCAUAACUUCAAACGAACUGGUAACUCAUUCUGUUGCCGGGAUGCAGGCAGGAAAAAAGAGAACGGCCAAAAUAACAAAAUUUCAAAAUAUCCCCAUAGCGAGCUAGAAAAAUUGCGGAUCCCCUGUCCUUUUUAUAUGCCCAGUAGGUGGCUUCCUUGGCGGGAUCGGUCCUCGGCCCCCCCACCGCACCCCCAAAAAUAGAGAGGAGCCCAUCUUCAAGGAGCAGUGGGGGUAGAAAUAAGCCUGACCCACCCUCAGCCUUUCCUCCAUCAGGUGCUUAUAGUUUGAUGUCAUUGAAAAUCUGUUUUAACUAAGGUGUAAGGUACCUUGAAAUUACCCUCACUGUGUUGCCUAAACUCCGUACGUCAAUCAGAGAGACCAGAGGCCCUUUAUCUCCGUGUAUGUGAGGGCAGUGCGUGCCCUGAGGAUUCCAGGGAUGUGGAUUUCUCCGGGUCUCAGCUGGCUCACUUGUCCUCCUCCUGGGCCUGCAGUUCGCUCAGCUGCAAAACCAGUGAUUUAAGACAUGGUUAUGCUAUAAACGUGGUUAACACUAUUCACAUCCCUUAACAUCAUUAGCAAAGAGUUCUCCUGUUCACAAACUUACUAACUGGGGAGUUUAUAAAAUAACAGUGUUUAGCUUGCGUAUGUGCUAACUGGACUUUAAAACAGACACUAAAAAAAAAAAAAUUAAAAAAAAAAACAGACACUAGAAUGAUCUUGAUGGAUCUUCGCCAUCUCCACACCCCAUUCUAAUUUUAUAUCUAAAAGUAUUACUCAAAACGUUUUCUUUACAACGCCUCGCUUUUUGAUGUCAAUUUAUUUUUAAAUGGUAACUGGACUUUAACGCAGGGUUUUCGACACUUCAGACACUAGAAGGAUCUUGUUGGUUUUUUUGCCAGGUCCACAUCCCAUUCUAAUUUUAUAUUUAAAAGGAUUCCUUACUCAGAACGUUUCUUUACAAUGACUCACUUUUUGAUGUCAAUUUUAUUUUUAAAAGGAAGCACGUCACUUCGCUAAGUGGGAAAUUAUUAUUAUCACUUUGACUGGAUUACCUUAGAAUAUAACGAAAGCACAGCAAUGUUAUUAAAUUCUAGCUAUGGAGUAUUGCUGUGACAACAGCCCCCAAUCUACUCUCCUUUUUUAAAAAGUGUGAUUAAUAAAUACUAUUAGGUAAGGGUAAAAAGACAUAAAAACACCAAAUCAAGUCUUUCUGCAUGAGUGUAACCAAACGGAUUUAAAGAGAAUUUUGAGGACUACCUUACCAUCUGGCCCUGGGACACACUUCAAGCAACAGAAGAUUAACUACUGCAGUUUCUCAACUUUGAAUAUAAAACAGAAACACUCCCAUGUCUAAGGCAUCUAUCUACCUACAUGCGUGCAGAUGGACUGUGCCUCGUAAUCAAGGUCUCUGUAAACCUUCCCUCAGGAACUGACCAACAUUACCCACAUCAGUAUUAGAUUAACCAACAUUAUCCUGACUCCACUAAGUUUCUGGACUCGUCAGUUUUUAAAUCUCAGGAUUUAAAAAAAAAAACAAAAAAACAAAAAAAAAAAACCUGCAGCUCCAGCAACACCACUCAGCGAGCAGAGAGAUGUCACAGGCAGCCUUGUCUAUAGUCGCUUUUGAGGGGCCUGGCAUUCCAGCCUUGAAAAAAAAAAAACCUUACAAUUUUCCAGAUAAUUUCCUUAGUUGCACUGGCUAAUGGAUUCUUGAUUCGGAGAUCUUCAUUGUAAAAGAAUCCCCCCAAAUUCCAAUUUACUUAUGAAUUAGGUGACACCAACAUGUCCUAACACUGAAAGAUGGAGGUUUUGGGUGUUGCAGUGUGUUUUGGGAUGGGGGAGGGUAGUCUUGGGCCCAUACACGCUCAAGUCAUCUUUCACAUUUUUCAUGGUAUUAGAUAAAAAUGGUCCUGCCUUCUUAAAUGUGUCCUUCAAUCCUUUUUUGACAUGGUGUAUGACAUAAACGAAGAUUUGAUGUCUUCAUCCUUUGACUCAGCACCGGGUUUACCUCCGAGGAUAUCCUUCAAUCUUGCCCCAGUGUGGAGGCCUGUUAGCACUGCACUUGCCUCAGCCUAGUUUUAAAAAUAAAUGUGGCUGCUUUUAA